UGCUGACAUGGCUAAAAAAAUUUUGAGUAUUCUCAAAUUCAACAAAGACGGAUUAGAGACAGGUAUUUUAAAUCCAGUACCGGAGUAUCCGUUCUAUUCCUCUACAAUAGCUGAAUUAGGAUUGAAAAGAAUAGAUUACUACAUAGACGAAGAUGAUCACUGGAAAAUAAAUGUUAAUGAAUUGCAGAGAGCUCUUAAUGAAGCUAAGCCCAAAUGUAACCCUAGAGCUAUUGUUGUGAUUAAUCCAGGAAACCCAACUAGUCAUAUUUUAACUAGAGAAAAUAUGGAAGAAAUAGUCAAAUUUGCUUGGAAAGAGAAUCUCAUAAUUAUAGCAGAUGAAGUUUAUCAGAACAAUGUUCUUAAGGAUGAUUGUAGCUUCGUUUCCUUCAAAAGAGUACUGAAUGACAUGGGUAAACCCUAUAGUGAUAUAGAGCUUGUAAGUCUUAUGUCAAUUUCCAAAGGAAUUUACGCAGAGAGUGGCAGCAAAUGUGGCUAUGCUGAAAUAAUCAAUCUGGAUCCUGAUAUACCGCCAAUGUUUGUCAAGUCCUUGAGUGCCUCGUUAUGUCCAUCUGUUUUAGCGCAAACUACAGUAUACUGCUUGGUUAACCCACCAAACCCUAAUGAACCAAGCCACGAGCAAUUCGAGCAUGAGAAGAAAACGAUCAUGGGCGGAUUAAGGAUGAGUGCUUCUAUCGUAGAAGAAGCGGUACAUUCUCUAGAAGGAAUGAGCUGCAACCCAUUAGAAGGUUCAAUUUUCUUCUACCCACGUAUCAGAUUACCACAGAAUGCAGUGAAAGAGGCAGCCAAGAAAUCAUUAUCACCUGAUGAAUUUUACGCCCUGGAGUUAUUGGAAGAAACAGGUAUUUGUGUCGUCCCAGGCACUGGAUUUAGGCAAAAACCAGGCACUUACCACAUACGUAUGACCCUCAUCUCGAAUCCAGACCAAGUUCACAAAAUAAUGGAGCGAAUUAAGAAAUUUCAUUUUAAAUUUAUGGCGAAUUUUUCUAGGUAAUAGAUUCUAUUUUAAUUGUCAGUUCAUCGAAUUCAUCAGAAGAAUAUUGGUACCACUGACCAAAAAUAAUUUUGUUGCUGAUAUCAAUGAGUUUGAGUGAAUAAAAGUUAUGUAUUUUUUCCAAAAUGAAUAUUCACUACCUCAUAAAACGAACUAUGAAUUGAUCAGAGUAAACUAGAUACCAUUACUGAUUUUUUAGAAGUUACAUUAUCCCGUAUUUCGUAAAAUAAUUUGUUGUACAAAUUUCUUUCUCAAUAAAGACUCAGAAGAAAUAUA